GUAAGCAGGAAGUAAGCCUUCCAGUACUUCGCGUAGUGUUUUGACACAAAAUCCGCAGAAAUGAGUGAAUUAAUUACAGAUGAUGGUCAAGUCUUUGUUUUGCCUGUAUAAGAAUACUUUCCUCGGGUAAAAUCCGGUCAAAACGUUGAGAAAAUCGCCCAUCUCGUCCCUAAAGAACAGGCGGGGAGAGAAAAGUUUGCACGAGUUAGCCGCUAAGCUAAAAACAACAGCUCGCGCUGAAAAGAGAGAUUCUCUGAGUUUUUAUGAAGCGUUUAGAGUCAGGCGUGACAGCAUGGUGGUCCUGAGAGACGGCAUGUGUCCUGGGCUGGAAGAGGAGCUACUGAGACAGCUGCGAGCUGCGGAUGUGAAGACAGUGGAGGAUCUGGUCUCAUCCGAUAUUGAAGAACUUGCUCGGAGAUGUUCAGUGUCCUAUAAAGCUCUGUUUGCGAUCCGCCGGGUUCUGCUGGCCCAGCACGCCGCCUUUCCAGUCUCCGGAGCGGACCUGUACCAGGAACUGCUGAGCUCCACGGCCAUCCUCUCCACUGGGAUUCCCAGGUUAGACAAGCUGCUGGACUCGGGCCUGUACACCGGGGAGAUCACCGAGCUGUGUGGCGGUCCGGGAAGCGGGAAAUCCCAGGUGUGUUUCAGCGUCUCCGUCAACGUUUCCUUCCACCUGAAGCAGAGCGUGAUCUACGUCGACACCACGGGCGGCCUGACCGCCGGCCGCAUGCUCCAAAUGCUCCGCACGGAAACCAGCAGCAGCGAGCAGCAGAUGGAGGCUCUCCAGAGGAUCCGGAUCUUCCGUGCGUUUGACGUCUACGCCCUGCUGGACGUUCUGCACGGCCUGGGCGGCGGCCUGCUGCAGCAGGCGUCGAUCGGCGGCGGCUCGGUGAAGGCGCUGAUCGUGGACUCGGUGUCGGCCGUGAUCGCGCCGCUGCUGGGAGGAAAACAGAGUGAAGGCAUGUCCCUGAUGGUCCAGGUGGCCGGAGUCCUCAAGACGCUGGCCAAGGACUUCAGUGUGGCUGUUCUGGUCACCAACCACGUGAGCCGGAGCGCCAGCGGGGAGGUGCAGCCGGGCCUGGGAGCCUCCUGGAGCCACAUCCCCCGGACCCGGGUCCUGCUGGAGCGGGCCGACAGGGGCCCGCUGCGCCGCGCCACGCUCACCAAGUCCUCCAGACAGCCCUGUCUCCUGACGGAGGAGUUGGACCUGCAGCUGUGGACUCGUCCUGAAUCGCCGCCGUCGGGAAAGAGGAAGCUGCCGGAUUCGUGACCUCGAUGACGGUUCGAACCCCGAGGGAGACCUGAGAGCUCCGACCACCUCCUCACCGCCCGGAGAGUCCAGCAGGAAUCAAACACUGACCCCAAGGCUCAAUGGACUCACAAUGGACUCGAACCAGGACUCUUUGUGAGGCGGCACGGUGCGGCAGUGGUUUGCACUGACAAGGUUCUUGAAGGUAUCAGGUCUUCAUGAAGACGUCAGGCGGUGCAGUGGUUAGCCUACUGCCUCACAGAAUUAUGAGAUACUCCAACAUUUGGUGGCACAGUGGAGAAGUGGUUUACUCUGUCACUGCAUGGGAAGAAAGCCACAAAACAAUGUCUUUUAAACCUGUCUGGAUGCUACAACACGGUAGCGUUGCCAUGGUAACACCAACAGCCGCUUCAGUGUAAGAAAACUCCUGAAUUCAUGUUUUAAUAUCUUGUUACAUGUUGUGAAAACAUUAAAGGUUCGAACCCUCAGGUGACGUGGUGUGUGCAGUGUUACGCCCCGUCACCUCACGGUUCGAUU